GGAAGCCAACCUGCUGCCGUUACCUUGUCCACAUAUCCACUGCAACAUUUUAUUUUAAUAUGUUAGAUUAAAUUGCGGCGAGAAAUGGUAGAAACUGUCGACGAUAUCUCGAGGGUGUAGGUAGCCUGUACCGAAUACAUUUUAACCUUAGGAUCGGAUGUUUUAAGUGGGACACAUGGGCCUGUUAGAUAAACUUUCGGGAUGGCUGGGACUGAAGAAGAAAGAAGUGAACGUAUUGUGUUUGGGACUCGACAACAGCGGGAAAACUACCAUCAUCAACCAACUCAAACCCACUAAUGUAAGUCCACUGACAUGGCCCAACUAUAAUAUAGGCCUACUCUAGGCCAUUGACUGAUGUAUUUGAUUGCGCUCUAAAUUGUAACUUGUUGAGGUGAUGGCCUACUGUAGCCCGCGCGCGGGCCUGUCAGUGGAAAGCUGUUUGUGGAAAGAUACAGAGUUCUAUAUCUUGAGAGUUAGCUGAGUCUUAGAGAUUUUGCUUAUAUAUAAAAGCUGUGAGUGUCAUCGCAUCGAUUGCACUGCAAUCAUCCACUGAUUGCUUGUUUUCAGCAAAGCUUAUUUGGCCCACUCUCAGACGACUGGAAACAUGUUAGUCAGGUAAAGGUCAGUACAGCCUAUUUCACCCUAUUUUACCAUUUAUUUUGACACAGUUAAGUUACUGUUUUUUUGUCUGUGUUUGUUAUUUUGUGUGUGUGUGUGUGUCUCUGUGUGUGUGUAUUACAGACCCAGACACAAGACAUUGUCCCAACUAUUGGCUUCAACAUCGAAAAAUUCAAGAGUUCAAGGUAGUAAUUUACUUCUUAUGUAAACGUUGUUUAACUUAGUGAACCAGAUGAAAGUAAUAAGAAUUAUAUUAUUUGAUACUUACUCCAUUGUGUAUGUUCAUGCGUAACAUGUAUGUUGUGUCUCUACAAAGUUUGUCCUUCACAGUUUUUGACAUGUCUGGUCAGAGCAGAUACAGAAACCUAUGGGAACAUUACUACAAGUAAGACUUUACACCGGCAAUGUUUAUCUAGAACUGCAUUAUAUGAUAGUAAAUGUUUUGCCAGUGGUGCCUUACCUCUGAUCUUUGAGUAACCAAGUAUUGCCUGUAGAGCAGUUUUACCCUAACCCUAUCUCCAACUAAUAGUUAUUAGUGAUGUAGAGAUCAGAUUCACUGUUGUUUAUCCAGUUUCUUGUUGAUUACAUAAUUUUCUGUUGUGGUGUCCACAGAGAGAGUCACGCCAUCAUAUUUGUCAUCGAUAGCGGAGAUAAGUUACGAAUGGUCGUUGCCAAAGAGGAACUGGAUACUCUUCUCAAUCACCAAGGUCAGAGAAUGAGAGAGAGAGACAGAGAGAAAUGAAGAGGGGGGGGGGGGGGGGGGGGGGGGGGGGGGGGGGGGAGACAGACAGACAGACAGACAGACAGACAGACAGAGAGCCAACAGUUUCUUCACCCGUUCUCCUGAUUCCUGCUCCUUCCAGACAUCCGCAGUAGGAGGUUGCCAGUGCUGUUCUUUGCUAAUAAGAGUGACCUGAGAGAAGCCAUGUCUUUAGUCAAAGUCUCUCAGCUGCUCUGUCUGGAGAACAUCAAGGACAAACCCUGGCACAUCUGGUAGGACACAACUUUAUCCUACACACACACACACACACACAAGUAGGUACAGAUACAUACACAGUGAUAUUGGGAUAGGUUACUAGCUUCUGUCCCUCCGUUUUAGUGCCAGUAAUGCUGUAAAAGGAGAGGGCCUACAGGAGGGGGUGGACUGGCUACAAGGUACAGUACUGUGUGUGUGUGUAGAUUACUUUUUUCUAAGGUAAUUUUGGCACCAAUAUUGAAUUGUUCUGUUUUGUUCCAACUUACCCAUAGAGCAAAUUGCACAGUAAGUAUCAUGGUGAACUCACAUUAGUUUAUGUCACUGUGGUGGACUUGGUGAAGUACAGAUGGAUGUUGUUGAUGACUUAGGAACAGGGGAGACUGUAUUUAGUCUAAAACACUGUAAUUAUGUGAUUCUAACAGGUAUAAUGUUGACGUAUGGGUAACGAUGAUUAAACUCCCCUAUUCUUAACUCUAGUGCCGUACUGUUCUAG